AUGAAUUAAUAGAUACCAGAGAUAUUAGACACAUAGAACGCUCAAAAUAACCAAUAAGGUGUGCCCUGUAAUCCUUUCGGCUAGUAAGCAUCAAGUAAUUUCUUGGGCUAGAGCAACUAAUAGUUUUCAUAAAUGUAAUACCCUCCUAUUCAAUUUUCGAAUAAUAUACUUCCUUAAUUGCCUCCAUAAUUUCCUUAAUCACCGAAUUAAUUCUAAUUCUAACCAAAUUAGGGCUUCCCUCAAGCAGUACCACCAAUGAUGCCGAGAAUGAAUACUCCAAACGCCAACUCUAUGAUGUUUCAAUUUCCUUAAAAUAAUGGAUUCUUUCCUCAGCCGCCAAUGUUGUAAAAAAAUCAAGUUAAAAAUAAUGAUGAUGAGGUAUAAAAAUUAAAAGAAAAAGUAAGAGAUUAAGAAGCUGAAAUUUAAAGAUUAAAAAAUAAAUUAAGUACUAUAACCGAGGAAAGUAAUAGCCUUUAAUAAAAUUACAAAAAUAAGGACAAAGAGAACGAUGAGUUAAAAGGAUCUUUAUAAAAAUCCAAAAUAUCAUUUAAUGAUGAAAUUGAAAAUAGAAAACAAUAAUUAUACAUUUACCAACUAAGGUGUGAGGAGCUUGAGGAAAAAGAAAGAAAAUCUGCACAAGCAAACAAAAAAUUAUAAAAUGAAAUUAAUAUUUUAAAUGAUGAAUAUCAAUAAUACAAAGAAAAAAUAAACUAAUUACAUUAAGUGAACAAUGAAAGUUCGAUAAAAACCCUUUAGUAAAGUAAAAAUUUGGAAGAUUUAAGAAAUGAAAUUGAUAAACUCAAUGAUAAAGUCAAUUCUUAAAAUAAUGAAAUUUAAUAAAAAGAUUAAUUGAUUGAGACGCUAAAAAAAAUCUAAAGUGACUACAUUCAAAAUAAAUCUUAUAACUAAGAUGUUUCUUCUACCACUGAUAAGGCUACUUUAAUUUAAUUAAAUAAGGAUUUAGAAAAUAACAUCAAUAUUCUAGAACAUAAUUAUAAAGAACUUGAGACAAAAUUCUAAAUGCUUGAAAUAGAAAAUAAAAUGCAUUAAGAUAAAGCAAAAUUCUUUGAGGAAUGUACAGAAGAGAUGAGAAGUAAAUUAGAAUAGAAUCAAAAAAAGAAUUAAAAUUUUGAGAACGAUGAAACCUAAUAAUUUAUAAAAGAAUUUCAAUAAAGGCAACAAGAUACAAAAAAUAGUUAAUAAGAUGAAAUGAAAAAAGCGAAAGAGAAAUUAUUAUAAAAAAAAUAAAAGGAAUAAUAAGAAUAAGAGCAAAGAAACCGUGAGGGAAAAUAGAAAAUGUUACAACAGAUAGAAAAAGCUGGUAAAAUACAAUGCUGUUUUGUUAUGGAUUUAUUUAAAUCAAAUGAUAAACAAGCCAAAGCAAUCAUAAAAGCUGCUCAAUCGUGCUAAAAGUUGAUUAAAAUAAAUACCAAUAGACAUUCUGUUUGGGGGGCUGUAUGUUACGGCUAUUCAAAGACAGGAUUGCAAAUAAAAACUUAAGAAUUUAGUUAGUCAUCUGAUGAUGUAUCAAAUUUUUUAACAAACUAAAAAUUAAAUCAAGAUCAAAAAGAUUAACCAGAAGACCUGAAAAGUGCACUUUUAGCUAUGCUCAAUUUAAAAUGGACUGAAAAAUAUAAACUUGCUAUUUUAAUUCCAAAUUCACCCUGCCAUGGAAAGAUAUAUCAUCAUCCUAAAAAAUAUUCUACAUGGUUCGGUUUAUUUUCCGUUAAUUACGAUACAAAACCCAAUGAUAAUUUAGAAGAUAUUAUUAAGGAAUUAAUUAAAAGAGAAAUUGUACUCUUAGUGAUAAGAUAAAAUGACGAGACAACUAUAAUGUGUAAUUAAUUGUAAAUACUCUAUACAAAAUCUAAUGCUGCUCCUCUGUUUUAUACACUUUCAGUCAAAGAUCUUGGUUCAAAAAAUUCUGAUUAAAACCUUAAUCAAAAGAUACAACAUAUGGUUGGCCAUAUGAUAGGAACUAGCAAUGAAAGAACCAAAACAAAAAUCAAUUAUUAAAUGAGAGAUCAAAAUUUUAAGGAAGGAUUAAUUGACAAGAGAAAUUUAAAAGAGGAAGUAAUCAUAAUAAAUAAAGAUCUAUAAUAAGAAUUUCAGAAAUAAGGAGAACAAUAAAAAGGAAAUUUUCCAGAAGCUUCUGUUUAAGAUGCAAUUGAAGAUAAAAAUACAUUUGAAAAAGAAAUAGAAAAAAAUAAAGAUUGUUAGGAUGGGGCAUUGCAAGCAAUAUGUAAAAAAAAGGGAGAUAUUGCUAAUUUUUAAACUUAGGUUAAAUGUGAGGAUUUUAAUUGCAAGGUUUAUUCUGUUGAACUUAAAUAAGCAUCAUUUGAUUCGAAAAUAUAAAAUAUUGACAAAAUUCGAUAUGAAGAAAACGAUUUUGAUUUAAAAGAAUAAGCACAAUGGCAGUGUGUAAGGACCAAAAAUCCAUUUGCAUUAGGAAUGAUGAAGAAAGUAUAUUUAAUGAAAAAAAAAAAUAAUACUGAAGAAAUUUAUGUCGUUAAAAUUCCUAUUGAUAAAGGGACUUAUAACAAAUUGUCGGAUGCAGUAAAUGAUUGUAGAUCCCACUUAAUUGCUAAAAAUAUGAUGAAACUCUUUAUUGAAAAACUCACAAGCGUGAAUGCGAAAACACCUUAAGUUUAGUACACACAGUUCUUAAUAUUGGAAGAAAAUUAGAGUAAAUAUUGGAUAGCAGAAAGAUUCUUCGAAGGAGAGUUUAAAAAAUACAACAAUAAUGAUGGUUAUAUAAAUGAUGAAAAUAAUGAUUUGAAUGCUAUCUCUUAAGGCUUCUCCUUCUUUACUUAUUAGAUGAGCUCAUUUAACUACAUUAUCAAUGAUAUAUAAGGAAUUAAAAAUUACUUUACUGAUCCAGCUAUUAAUACUGUUAAAGGUAAUUUUGACGAAACAGAUGUUGGAGAAGAAGGCAUUUCAAAUUAUUUGACAAUUUUUUAAGCAAAAAAAGAUAUAUGUGAAUAGUUAUUAAACUCAAUAGGUAUUGAUAUCGAUUGAUUAUAUUCCAUAUCAAAUAUUCUUACGAUUAUAAUA